GCUACCACCUCACUUCUCAUAGCACCGCCUUCAGCUGACAAUGACGCGAAACAAGUCACCCUGGGGUCCUCUGAGACUGUCAAACUCGACGCUUUGGGACCGAUAGUAGUGAAUAGUGAUGGGACUUUAUCGAGGAUUGCAAACUGGGAGAAAAUGACAGAGGAGGAGAAAGAAAGAACGAUACGUGUCGUUGCGGCUCGGAAUAGG